CUCGCUCCUCCCCUCUCCCAUCCUCCUCCAUAGGCCUCUACUAGUCCCGUUGUUUCUUAAGUCUUAUAACAAGAUCAACAUGACGACUCCAAUUCCUAAGCCACCCGGUGUGCCAUUGCUCGGCAAUAUUUUUGACGUCAAACCCAGCAACACAUGGGACUCAUUAAGAAAGCUCUCGGAAAAGUAUGGCGAGAUCUUCCAGAUCAAAGUACUGGGUCAGACCAUCGUCUUCGUUGCCAGCGUGGCUCUAGCUGAGGAGCUUUGCGACGAGAAGCGAUUCCGCAAGUACGUCGGCGGACCAAUUGUCGAGAUCCGAGCGGCGGUUCACGAUGCGCUCUUCACGGCAUAUGAUGAUGAACCUAGCUGGGGCAUCGCUCACCGAAUCAUCUUCCCCACGCUGAGGCCCGACGCCGUGGGAGCUCAAUUUGGAGAGAUGCGAGAUCUAGCUACCGAGCUUCUGAAUAAUUGGAGAGGCCUUGGGGAGCAAAAUAAAAUCUCUCCUGUAGAACAGCUCAACCGACUGAAUCUCGAGUCCACCACCUACGUCUUGUUUGGCAAGCGGCUCAACGGACUGAACGGUCCUCCGCACCCGAUGCUUCAGGCAAUGGAAGACUCUACGUCGGAGGCCAUGAAGCGCCCUACUCGGCCAGGCUUUCUCAAUUGGCUUGUGUAUGGCCGCAAGUUCAAGUCGUCAAUCAAGCUUAUGCGAGAUUAUGCUGCAGACUUGGUCAAGUAUCGCCACGAGAACCCGACAGACCGCCAAGAUGCGCUGGCUGCUAUGAUGAACACGCCGGAUCCGGAAACGGGCAAGACUUUGACUGACUCGGAAGUCAUUGAUGAGAUUCUUUCGAUGCCCAUCGGGAGCAGCACGGCACCUUGCUUGCUCGGUUUCGCAAUCUAUCUCCUUCAGAAGAACCCAGAGACCAUUGUCAAGGCUCGUGAAGAGUUGGACAGAGUCAUUGGUGAUGGGGAAUUCGAGCUUCAGCAUCUUGAGCAGCUAGAGUACGUGCAAGGAAUUAUGCGCGAGUCACUCCGUCUGUCCUCGGCUGCACCAGGCUUCAACAUUGAGCCACGACCAACCACCGAGGGUGACAAGAGUCCCGUGCUGCUCGGUGGAGGCAAGUACCAAGUCGCACACAACCAAGCCAUGAUCAUUGUUCUGCACGGGGUGAACCGAGAUCCAGCGGUAUUUGAGGAUCCGCUGGAAUUCAAGCCCGAGCGCAUGGUCGGCGAGGCCUUUGAGAGGCUGCCUGCCGGAGCCAAGAAGUGGUUCGGCAAUGGCAAGAGAGUGUGCAUUGGCAGAUACUACGCUUUGCAGUGGAGCUUUAUUCUUUUGGCUAAGAUGAUUAAGGAGUUUGAUUUCGAGCUGGCGGAUCCGGAGUAUAAGUUGGAAGUGGAUGGAUGGUUUAAUAUUCGGCCGAUUGACUUUUAUGUCAAGGUGAAACCCAGAGCUCUCUGAUAUGUCACAGAUGGUGUGUUAAUUAUGGAUACCAAGUAUUUGAUUGAUGGCGGGAUAAUAGGGAAAUAGUUUGAAUCAAUUCAAGAGAAUAAUUGACCUCGUCAAAGACUCG